AUGGGUGUCAUGCUCGAACAGGCUGGCAUCUCUUACCAGAUCCUCGAGCGGAGUGAAGCCAUCCGCUCUGCAGGCUGUGCCAUCUCCAUCGGUCCAACAGUCAUGCGGGUGAUAGAGCAGCUUGGGUUCAAGGAGGAGUUCGUCCGAGAGAGCGUGCCUAUUCGUCAACUGCGGUAUUUCAAUCAGAUGGAUGGCGAACUGAAUAUGGACCAGUGCCAUGGGAUUGCCGACAUGAUAUUUUGCGAGACGCGAUAUGGAAGUGCCAUCCGUGUGAUCCCACGGCCAACGUUUUACAGCAUUCUCUAUUCUCGGAUUCCUUCUCAUAAGCUACUCUUCGGCAAACGCGUGAUCCGCACACAGGAACACGACCCCGAUGGCGAUGGAGGAGUGAACGGCUAUGUAAGCUGCUUCUGUGACGAUGGGACUGAAUACCGGGGCUCAAUUCUCAUCGGUGCCGAUGGUGCUUACAGCACUAUCCGUCAGCAAAUGUAUCAUGUCCUUGAAAAAACAGGAGAGAUGGACAAAGACGAGACCGCGCCGUUGAUGCCACACCAGCACUGCAUUGCCGGCAUGACUGAAUCCUUGGAUCCUAAAGAGUUCGAAAUCCUGCAACGAGAGUAUGGCGAAUUCCAAGUCAUGCGUGGGAAGGAGCAAAAGCACUCGUUAGCCUUGCGUCAGAUCUCAACCUCACUCUCAGCAUCAUCUAACGACAACAACAACAGUAACAAUAACAGCAACGACAAUGGCGACUUCACCAGCGCGAACGCGUCUCACCAUGAGCGCCUACGAUAUUGUCUCACCAAAAAGGUCCAAGAGCAUGCUCAAGCAAUCCUCGAGAGUUUGCGUGGCAUGCGUAACCCACUGAGCAGUGCCAGUGGUGUAUUUGGUGACCUUCUCGACAGGACUAACCCGGACCUAAUCUCCAAGGUCACGAUUGAGCAGGGCGUUUACAGCCGUUGGUACCACAACCGCACAGUCCUGAUUGGAGAUGCCUGCCAUAAGAGCUUACCCUACGGCGGCCAAGGCGCCAAUCAAGCAAUCCUCGAUAGCAUCUUUCUCGUCACGCAACUGCAGAAAUUGGUUUGUUCCUCAUACGGCGAUCAUGUAACGGAAGUGACUGGUCCGAGGUCGUCACUACAGCCACCUACUCGAUCAGAGAUCACUGCCAUCUUUGAGGAAUACUACCGUGAGCGAUCAGUCAUAGCCAAGGUGGCGACAAUGGGGUCCAGCUGGUUCGAUCACAUCUUUGGCGGGCAAGGGUACUGGUCCCGUUUUUUUCGGUACCUCUAUUUCCGCGUCUUGCCCCAGAAAUGGUUCUAUGUGCUUUCCGAUUCAUACUUCCGUGUGCGACCGUUGUUACCAUUCCUGCCGAGCGUAGACGACUCAGGUACAAUUGCGCCGGCACUCUUCCCUUAG